GUAUUUACUUUGAUUUUAAGAGGUUGGUAUGUAAUUCAAAAUUCAUUAUCUUACACCUGCUGAAAGUUGAUUGUUAGCAAGUGCCAAUGGAAAAUUCAUAAAAUUUGGGGAAGCUACCCAUCAUGUAGAUUACAGUGAUGUUAGUGAAUGUGAUAAAAGAUAUGCGGAUUUCAGAUCUUUCUGGAUUCCUUCACCUUAAGUAAGAGUAGGACAAAAGAAUCAUCUAUUUCCUUUCCAAGUGACACGGAGGUCACACACUUUAUUACUAGAUAGAUGAGGACUAAAGAUACCAUGGAGUUUUUGGAUAGUGACCCUUAAGACAAUUUCAGCAGUGGAGGGGAAGUGAAAAGAACAACUAAGAAAUCAUGUGAAUUGAUACAAAAUGUGUUUAUCCGUCUGUUUUGGACUGUUCAUCAUACUCUCCCUCUUAUUUCAUUUAGGAGAGUUAACCCUGAAUGCAUUGUUUCUGGUAGAACUUUAUCAAAAGAAUUCAACGGCAUGGUUCACCAUCGUGACUGGACUUCUGGUGUUGCCAUUAGUAACUAUCCACUUUGUGUCCGCUUUGUUAAUCUUGCAGAGAAAGAGCAGGAAUAAAACAAAAUAUGGCCAAGCUGUUCCCAUUUUAUUACACCUAUUUCAGUUUGGAUUUGCAUGGAGGCACAUAAAAAUUCUGUUCGAAUCUGAUAUAAAAACGAAGAAACAUGACUUUGCGGAUUUAUCACUUCUGCGCCUGUUUUAUGCCUUUUCCGCCAGCUUACCCAUUUUGGCCAUUCAAGGCUUUAUGAUAAUUACCACGGACAGUUCAUGGAUUGUUCAGUUUGCUGUUGGGAUUAAUUUACUAUCCAUUUCAUGGGGUAUCUCCAGUUUCAGGAGGCAAUACGACUCCAAUGAAUUUGAAAAUGUGGUUCUGACUUGGCCAGGAACACUGUUUCGUUUACUAUGGAGGCUAGGGGAGAUCACUGCCAGAACACUGUCUCUGGGAAUUUUCGCCAGCAUAUAUUUCUCCUGGGUUUUCAUCGUGAUUUGUCUACACUGGAUUACAAUGAUGUGCUGCGUCUGUUCUUCCGUUCUAGGAAAUGUGAAUGUGGUGGGUAUGAACAAGGGCCACAAGUUUAUCAUGGGUGGUCUUGUGUCCUACAUUUACAUAUUCUGCCAUGUGAACAUGAGUGUUGAAAAGACCAAAUUUCAUUACAUUACCUAUUACACCAUCAUGUUCCUUGAAAACAGUUUGUUGACUGCCAUUUGGUUCUUCACAGCACAAGAUACAAAUAACUUCAAGAUUCAUGUUAUAGUUGUCAUUAUUGGGUUUUCAUACCUCAUAUCCAUCAUCUCCAUGUUAUUGUAUCACCGUUUCUUCCACAUCCCAUCCAUGAAAAUUUCACUGUACGGAAAAGACAAAAUCUGUGUUCAAGAUGGCUGCAUCAAUUGUAAACUCAGUUUAUGUGCUAAGCACAGUCAUCUCCUCCAAAGACCAUUCAGUGCAGGAUGGGUUAGCCAAUAUCAGAAAGCCCUGAAUGAUGGAAACUAUUACAAAAAUUUACUACAAGACUCAUUCAUAGACUCAAUGUCCGAAUGGGAGACAUGUUCUUCAACCACUGCUUCAUCCAAACACUCCAAAAACUCAAACUCUACGGGCAAAAAGACCAGGAAGGUUCCCAUUCAGUUGACGGGAACCUACAGCCACAGACACUUUGUUGAUGCUGACAUUGUGGACAGUGUGUGUUGUGAAUCUGAUACGGAUGCCUCAACUACUGAAACUCAUCAAAUGUCCACUAGUGAGGAUUCUAUAAUCAGUGAGCUUUCCAUUCAGUUUCCUCCACAAGGAAUGGGAGCAUCAGACAAGAAGAAGCUGCUGACUGAAAGCUGGGACAAUCUUCUGCAGGUAGACAAUGUUGCCCUUGACAAGAACAAUUCAGGUCCACCCCUCUUUGCAUUUCGUCCAAUAUCUGCCCAGAGCCUAGAAGAAUGGUACUCUGAUGGGUACAGUACAGACCAUACAACCGACUACCAACUGCCAGUUACAGUGUUGGCCAAAAACAGUCGUAAUUCAAUGUCUCUGGCCAGCUCAGAUUGCACUGACUGUACUGUGUGUAAAUACAUGAGAAUGUUCAAUACCAGGAGGAAAUAUCGGAAGGCUCCUAGUUCGGUUGUCUCAAAACAAGAAAAAAUUGAAGAAGAAAAUGAGAGGAUGCACAUGGAGCUUGAUAAACUAGAAACACCUAAAAACAGAUCAUGGUACAAUUGCAGCGAGUCUGGGGACAGUGCUUUUCCUCAGGAAAAUUUCAGCUUCAGCAACCUUGACACAACCUUGUCAGAAGAGGAGGAGGGAGUGUUUGAAACGGGGGCUGAAAUCAUCAUUUGAAAUGGUACUUUUUGUACAGUUAUGAGAUCAUAUUAUGACAUGUUAAAACUUUUUAUUCAUUAAAGGGAUCAUUCAUUUACUGUAUGGGGAACACAAAUCAAUGUACUUUUUGAAAAUUAUUUCUGAGAGAAAAGAAGCUGUAGCCUCAGCCAGAGUAUUUAAAUUGUACAACUAUUCAUGUUAAAAACAUGUGUGAAAAUUUUUGGAAUUCAUAUUUAUUGGUUUGUUAUAUUGAUCGGUUUUACAAAUGUAUAUUUUAAUGGUAUUUCUACCUCAGUGAUCAAAAGAGUUUCCUGACAAGUUUUUAUAAAGCUUUAUGCACGGCUGAUUUUGUUAAGUGUCACUGACACUUAUUUAUGUAUUUCGUUCAUGGUUCAUUAAAAUUUUAGAAAGUGGAAAUGUUAAAGUAGGUAAUAUCUGAUAAGCCUGCAUAGAAUCGGUUUUUGGUGUAUAAGAUAUUUAUCAUUACAGAAUGCUGAAGUGCAUAAUGUCAUGAAAACUGUGUAUGCAAAUAUUUUUGUUAAAGAUUUUAUUUUUUUUAUUCAUGUUUGUUAGUGUCCCCAAAAUCAAAAGACUUAAAACAGCUUGGAAAUCUACCUCAAUUCCUUCCCUUGAAGAAGAAAUUUCAUAUUAAAGAAUGGUUUUAAGAGAAUUAUUUUUUUAUAUAUCACAUUUGAGAGGACAAUUUGUGGUGUAGAUAAGAAGCCAGUAUGCAUUACAAUUUGAUCAUUAAUACACAUCUUGUUUGAUUUCAGCAUUACAUUAUUUCCUGUUAUUGUUAAAUAUAUGUAUGAAUUAUACUCCUUGUAAUAAUAAAUCUAGUUUGAAAAA